AAUCCUUGGAAACCUGUUUGAAAACAGACAUUAUUUUUAGUGCAGAAAUAACAUUUCACCUUUAAAUGCCAAAAACGCAUACACUUAUCCAACUGUCUCUUGAGUAUUUUUGCAUCAGCCAGUGUAGUUGCCUGGUGAUAACAUUGUAUGAGCAGAGGUCAUGCCCUCAGGUGAGGAUUGACAGACACACACAACCUUUCUCACUCACACACUCUCUCUCUCUUUCUUUCAGAACCACGGACAGCUCUAAGCAAGCCACACGAUUGGUUGGGAGACAUGAGGGAUGCAGAGAAAGAGAGAGAGCGAGAGAGACAGAGAGAGAGAAGAUCACCAGGGGACGGAGUGAGUAAGCAGUGAGGGCUGGAGGGAAGGAGAUCAGAGAUGCAAAAAAGAAGCUAGAGAGAGAUAGAGAGAAAAAGAAGGAUAGAAGAAUUAAAAGAAGAAACAGAUGCUAUAGCUGGUCUUUUUGCCUACUGACGCCCGAGCUGGGCUCAUUUCUGCGUGUGUGUGACGUGCACGGGGUGUGUGUGUGUGCUUGUGACGGCAGCCGCGGCGGGAGCAGCAGCAGCAGGGGAGGACGGAUCAAAGAGAUUGUAGGACACGAUGCAUUUAGCUGCCUAACGUCUCUGCGCACACACCACAACCGGCUAAACGAGAACACAUUCAUACUACGCGCAUUCGCACGCAGCCCACCCCCCACACACACCAUGCGUGUGUGGGGACAGCGCAGAUGAGGCAACCACCAAAGGGAGGUGUGGAUCUUUCCAGAAGCGUUUGGUAGGGGGAGAGGACAGCCUUGGUGGCUGUAGCCCAGCAGGAGCGGUCGUAAGUGGGGAAGGGUCAAACCGCCGACCACUACUUUUGGUUUUCUUCAGAGCUCUAGAAAUGCCAAAGAUGGACACGUCCUUCAUCUUUCUCUUCCUCACGCCAGUGUGUGUUUCCUCCGUGCUGCGUCGCUGUCGCCGGGCUUGUCUCUCAGCCGCAGGGGGAUUCGAUAUCGUGCAGUGUUGAGAAACGCACACACAGAACACACCUGGAGAUCAGCUGUUCCGGGAGAGAAGAUUCAUUGAUACCGCAGUAUCUCUGCUGUGCUGAAGGAUGGAUUCAGGGGAAGACGAGUGCACACAUUUCCUGCAGUACGUAGAGGACAGCGGUCUGAGGGCGUAUGACGAGCUAGUUAUCCAGAAUGCCUCUGACAUCGCCCGAGAGAGCGACCGUGUCCGCAACCACGCACAGUGGACAUACCUACAGGAGAAAACCCAGAAGAAGAGACGGCAGGAGGAAGCUAUCAAGAGGAUUGGUGAGGAUGUGGCCCGUGUGACAGAAGGAGGGGGAUACGCAGGCAAACACUUCCGUAUGGGCUUCAUGACGAUGCCGGCCCCUCAGGACCGCGUUCCUCCUCCCUGCGGGCCAGGCUUCACAGUACGUUCGCAGUCUCUGCACUCGGUGGGAGGGGGAGAAGAGGAGGGGAGUCCCACCUCGAGAAAACAGCCCCCGCCCAAACCCAGACGAGAUCCCAACACCAAACUCAGCACCUCCUCUGAGACCGUCAACACUGGGCUCAGCACGGGGAAGAGCGGGAAGGAAACAGACAAAUGUGACGCAUCUAAAUCCCGCCCCUGCAGUGAGGAUUACCGUCGCAUGCCUCCACCCAAACCCAAACGCAACCCCAACACCCAGCUCAGCACAUCCUUUGACGAGUCUUACAUCCAAAACCAUGGCAGCAAGGCUAAGUCCGCCUCUCUGCCGCGGCAACACAAAAAUAAGUCUGCAUCUCAGAAUCAAAGCCCCGCCCCUGACACCGACGAUGAGACGGAACCUGUUUAUAUAGAGAUGGUGGGGAACAUCUUACGAGACUUCAGUCGAAUUGCCGGCACUAAUGGCGAUGAAGAGGACGACCAAGGUGAAAGUGUGUACGAGGAGAUGAAAUAUCCUGCCUUCGAUGAUUUACCUUUAUCUUUAGAUCACGCGCAGUCGCGAUGGGAGCAGUGUCCCACUGCUUUGGUGCCAGAAGUCGAACUUACACGACCCACCACUCCACGUGGUUCGCUGUGUGACAUUCCCGCCCCGUUCCCGAAUCUGCUUUCCCAUCGGCCUCCUCUACUAGUAUUCCCACCUGCUCCAGCCCAGUGUUCCCCCAACUCUGACGAAUCCCCUCUUACUCCAUUGGAUGUCACCAAACUGCCCAUGUUGGAGAACGUCGGGUAUGGGAAACCUGGUGCAUCCCCAACUAGCUCCGACCCUGGACCACAGGUGGAGCCGCAGCAGGUGUCUGGUAAACACCACCACCACCACCACCACCACCAUCAUCAUCAUCAUCAUCAUAAGAAGUCAGCAGAGACUAAGGAGCAACAAACAAUCACAGCAUCAGGACGGUCCUCUGCUCCACCCCUGCCAUCUGCGCUGUAUAAAAGCGGUGGGUCGUCUGCCGCACAUGGCUACCCAAGGAGCCACUCCGCCUGCCCCUCCCCUGUCAGUAUGGGUCGCGCAUUAACGCCACUUACCCUGAAGCGCCCCCCACCGUAUGACGCUCUCAUGACUGGGACGAUCCCUCGCAGUGCAUCUGGAGUUCCACAUGGAUCACGUGAGAGUGGGCGGCUCUCGAAUUCCUCCAGUGUGCAUGGAGGGUCCAUGCAAAACGUCUCCACUGCGUCAGGCUCAAGCUCAGGGUCGGGAGGCCGAGGCAGUCGUACGCCAACCAGUCCUUUGGAUGAGCUCAGCAACUUGUUCUCUUCCGGACGUAACAUGUUGAAGAAAGGUUCCGGAAGCCGCAAGAGUAAGGAGUCAGCGGAUGGUGAAAGUAAAGGCAGAAGUGACAGCAGGGACAGAGCCCUCCGUAGCUCUUCUCCAAAAUCACAGGAUUGGGAAACGCCCACAGGACAAUCAGCCACGCCCACCGCCACGCCCAGUCGGUUUGGCCGCUCCUCCAUCAGCCCGACCACCAUGCUCGGAGGUGCGUCCUAUCCACAAAAACAAAUAAGGAUGUUAGUUAAUUUUAGAUACUUAUUUAACAUAUUUUCUUUCAUUUUAGAAACAAAAGCCGGGUGUAAACUCGGUCGCUCUGCAUCCACAUCAGGAGUCCCGUCCCCUGUGGGAACGCCCCAAAGACACGCCUCCGACACCUCCGCCCAACCGUGCGGGACCCCGUUCCAGAUGCCCCCAAUGCCCUGGGCAUGUGGGGACAGCACCAUGAUGGAGAUGAUCGAGAAGAAACGUCACCUGUGCAAGGAGAUAAAAGCCAGACAGAGACCUUCAGACAAAGCCCUGUGCAAGCAGGACAGCAUGCCCAUCCUGCCCAGCUGGAAGAAGACCAACGGGGGCAAGAAAUACGGUCCCCCUCCGUACUCCACCCAAACCACUGUCUUCUGGGACACUGCUAUAUAAAGAGUGACCAGUGAACUACAGCCAUGGAGACUGAGGGGGCAUGUCCAAAAACUGAUUGACAGCUAAAGGGAAGCAGGACUAAGAGAAAAAUGCACAGUGAUGGAUUAUCAAAACUCCCUGGUUUCCUGUCGCUGUUAAUAUUUGAUAUUUUUAUAUUGGAGAUAACUGUCUUAAUAUAAAAUAUGAUUAGUGAUUUUAUAAAGAGGAACUCUCGAAAUGAGAUCUAAGAGUGAAAACGGUACACUUUUACCCAUGAGAUGAUAUUUGUCCUCUUCGAAAUGGUAUUUCUAUUUAUUUUAUAUCCUUUUUGGGGUGUUUCUAUAUUUGGCACUCAUCCGUGUGUCUGGGGAAAUAAUCUAUAAUGUGUGGUGAAAUAUGUGCAGUAAUUCCAUUGAGAAUACAUGUUGUUUUUGAUGCCUAUGCAUUUGGUUAUACGGCAUGGACGGCGCUUUUGUUCAUUGUCUGUUUUUCAUAUGGAGAGUUUAUUUGAAAAUGCUAUAUUUUUUGGUGUCUGUAUUUUAAAUGUCGGAUCGUGAAGUGUCAGGUUGUCGUUCCUAUGACUUCUGGGUUAGACUUGAAGGUGAUCGGCUGGAUUUUAAGAUACUAGGUCAGAUUAUGAGAUAACUGGGUUAUUAAAGUAAAGCUCGGGCAGUUGGUCAGAUAUUGAGUGUACGGUCAGAUAAACCAGGAGGGCACUUUCUGUUUUGCGAGGUCAGCUGGUGCAUUCAAUUGUGAGCACUGUAAACUCACAAACACACACUAAUAUCAGCUGCUUUAUGGCCUAACAUUUGGUGCUUUUCAACUACUUUCUUGAAUGUUCAAGCUUAAUAGCUACAUGACAGUCAUACACAUAAUACAUCUGGCACAAAAUUAGCAUGGGCGGUUCAUGUAUGUUCAGUAGGAUUGCACAUGGUCAGGGAUUGGAUGAUGAAAAUUCAUAAAUCUUGUCUUCUGCCAUGUCAGAUAGUAUCUUGAAUACAGACACCGUCCUUUUUAUGAAGCACUAUGCAGACAUAAUGUCAGUUUACAUGUUCAUAUAUCACUGCGACAUGAGUCAAGGGCAGGCAAUAUCAUACUGAAAAGGCUCAGAAAGAAAAGACCAGGCCAUCAUUUACUCUGAUCAGAUGCUGUGCAUCAAGGCUCCAUCCAUAGCUUUACCACGUAAUCAAAAAGCCAUGCUGGUGCAUUCAAGCACAUCUGACUAUAUGUGAACUAGUUAUCAUAAGAGUUUGCACACUAGCAAGUCAAGCACAGUUUUAACAUGGCAGGAGAGUAAAUGCCUUUCGUUGUGUAUGUCUGGAAUCGGAUCAAACUAUUUGGGGCAAGAAACAUACUAAAUGCAAGUACACAAACAAAUGCAUUGCUAACACCGGAAGCGAUUGGUUUCUUAAAGGGGCAGCUCACCCAAAAAUGAAAAUUCUGUCAUCAUUUAGUAACCCUUAAGUUGUUCCAAACCUAUGUAAGUUUCUUUCAUCUGCUGAGCACAAAAGAUGAUAUUUUGAAGAAUGUUGGUAACCAAACAGUUGAAGGUAACAUUUUUGGGUGAACUAUCCCUUUAAGUGUGGCAGUAACAAACCUCAGUAUUUAAAAAGGCAAUAGACCC